AACCUUGUCGCUUCCCGCCGAUGGGAAUCGGACGGCCGAGAGCACGCAGCACAAGGCACAUCUUGCACGCCACGAACUGCUCCACCUCCACCGAGCACCCAGCCGGCCGAGUCUAUAUCAUCGUCAGUUCGCAGCACCACCUGGCGAGCAGGCGCUUCGAUCGCUCCCGUCUCACACUCCGCUAUCGAUUGAAGGUGGCUGUUAGGCCAAUCUGACCGGGGGGAGCCAUGGCAUCCGAGGACUCCGUGGCGGCGCCGGCGCCGGCGCCCGUGGUGGUGGACGAGUGCCGGGGCGUGCUGUUCGUGUACAGCGACGGGUCCGUGGUGCGGCGGGCCGGGCCGGGCUUCGCGACGCCCGUUCGGGACGACGGCAGCGUGGAGUGGAAGGACGCGGUGUUCGACGCGGCCCACGGGCUGGGCCUCCGCCUGUACAAGCCCCGCGACCGGAAGAACCAUGAUCUGCUGCCGGUGUUCUUCUACUUCCACGGCGGCGGCUUCUGCAUCGGGUCGCGCACCUGGCCCAACUGCCAGAACUACUGCCUCCGCCUCGCCGCCGAGCUCGACGCCGUCGUGGUCGCCCCGGACUACCGCCUCGCCCCCGAGCACCGCCUCCCCGCCGCCCUCGACGACGCCGCCGCCGCCCUCCUCUGGCUCGCCUCCCACGCAGCCCCCGGUGGCGGCGACCCGUGGCUCACGGAAGCCGCCGAUUUCGGGAGGAUCUUCGUGUCCGGCGAUUCCGCGGGGGGAACAAUCGCGCACCACCUGGCCGUGCGCUUCGGGUGCCCCACGGCCCGGACCUCGCUCGGCCCCGGCGUCCGCGUUAAAGGAUACGUCCAGCUGAUGCCCUUCUUCGGCGGGACGGAGCGGACGAGAUCGGAGGCGGAGUGCCCCGACGACGCCUUCCUCAACCGCCCACUCAACGACCGCUACUGGCGCCUCUCGCUGCCCGACGGCGCGACGGCGGACCACCCGGCGUCCAACCCGUUCGCGCCGGGGGAGAGCCGCGAGGCGCUGGAGGCGGCGGAGAUGGCGCCGACGCUGGUCGUGGUCGGCGGGCGCGACAUCCUCCGCGACAGGGCCGUGGACUACGCCGCCAGGCUCAGGGCCAUGGGGAAGCCCGUGGAGGUCAGGGAGUUCGAGGGCCAGCAGCAUGGGUUCUUCACCAUUGAUCCCUGGUCCGACGCCUCCGCGGAGCUCAUGCGAGCGCUCAAGCGCUUCGUCGACACGGACGGCCGCUUCGACUGAUUAAGUGAUUAAGCGUCGUGUCGUCGUCUUCCUUCUUCUUGGCUGUGUGCACUGUGCAUCGAUGGAUGUGUUCUCCGUUUACGUUUCCCGUGCUUGGUUGGCGGAUUUGCGUACCGUGCUUGGCUGUUACUAGUGUGUUCUGAAGGCCGGAAUCAGUUCGGUCGUGUGGUGUUUUUUUUUCUGUGUGGUGGUCAAGAAGAAAUUAAAAUUGGGCCCGACGAGUGCGUGGGGCUUAUUUGGACGGGCUGGACAGGAUCAGUUAUGGCCCAUGGGCUAGUUCCAUGAU